UUUGAAACGCGCUUUUCGUAUACUGCGUUACAAUGCAGUAGAUGUUCGCCUCACAAAUGAGAUUAUCAAAAAGUUAUUGGGUGUAUUAAUCAGUCCCUUAUUUUGUCGUUGGAAUGGAGAAAGAAAGAAUAAAAAGUGUGAUCGAAUUCUUCUCUACUCCAUUGGAUGAAGAGGAGCUAAUCGAUGGAGAAAGUAAACCCGAUGAAUUGUACACUCUCUGUGAUGAUCCUAUGCAAGUACCCAUCAAACUCAUCGAUGAACAACUAAGGUUCGUUGAUCUUGCAACAGUUCAAGACCUUUUUGUUGACAAUUCAGGAUUUCUCGUUGUUGGCGCGAUUGGUUUACAGGGUUCAGGUAAAUCGUCUGUAUUAAAUAUUUUGGCGAAUUGCAUUUCUGACGGUUGUGGAGUUUUUGAUGCUCCUUUCAAUAUUCAAACUCUCAAGGAUGUAGUAACUAACAGCCCGUGUACUGCUGGUAUUAACUUAUAUAUCACACAAGAUCGUGUAAUUCUUCUGGAUGCCCAACCUCUUCUUUCAUUUGCACUCACCAACUACCACACUCACUUGGUUGCUACUGGUAAUAUAACGUCUUCGUCUUCGAGUACUCAUCCAGGGCUUUCAUCUCUUACAGGUCCUGGUAAUUGGAACAUGAAUAUUUGGGCUGAAAUGGCUUCUAUGCAGAUUGUCGCCUUUCUAAUAAAUGUAUGUCAUGUUGUACUUGUUGUCAGUGAUAAUUUAACUACUGCUUCAACUCAGUUACACCGGUUUAUCGAUAGAGCAAUAGGUCUUAAACCAACUGUUUUUACACCGAAUGCCAUGCCAAUCCAUGCAUUACGUGGUCGUCAACAUUCUGAUAUACAUAAAAAGUCAUCAGAUAGUACUAAGAAUUGUACAGAUAUAAAAAAUUUGACAACUAGUGUACAAGGUUUACAAAUUUCUGAUGUAAAUAAAGUUAAUCCAUCUAUUAUCAACAAAAAUAAUAAACGUUUAGAAGUUGAAGAUGUUGAUAUUUCAUCUUUGUCUGAACAACAACAAUUUGUUGGGAAUUAUUCUACAUCAAAUAACAUUCUUGGACAAUAUCUUCAUUCUACUGAAGCUGAGUCUAAAGAUGUUUCAAAUGCAAUCAAUCGACUGAUAAAUUUAACUGAUUAUUCAGCCUCAUUAAUUCAUGUAUAUAAUCAGGCCCCAGCAGCUGCAUUUCUUGACCCGGUUGUGUGUGAAAAAUUAAAUAGGUAUAAGAAUAAAAUACUACCACUUAUGUACCCAGAGUACAGAAGAUUAGUAUCACUUGUUACUGUUGGUCCAAGAAUUUUAUCCGCUCACCUUCAGUCACGAAAUCGUGAUCAACCUACAACUGCACGUCAAAACUCUGAACAAAAUGAUACUCCUAUUGAAAUAAAUCGAAACACUACUGACGUAAAACUAACUAAAAACAGUUCAGAAAAUCGUUUAAUCCCUGACAAUUUUGUCGCGCAAGAUUAUUCAGGUUUUCUUGAUACUCAGGAAAAUUCUGUCUUACCUACUCCAUCAGGACUUUCCGAACCGUCCUCAGUUUCAUCAGACAAAGGGUUUGCAUCAUCACAAAAACCUUCGAAUAUCAGCGCAGAAACGUUGACUUCAGUGCAAGUUGAUAAUGAAUCAAAAUCUAAUCCAAACCACUGUUUAACUUCAUUAAAUACAAUUCAAGAAAAAUCAAAACCUUUUCCUGGUGAAAAACCUGAUGGGUACAUUCCCUUGGAUAACAGUAACAAUGAUAGUAAUAAUUAUGUUAAAAAAUUUGGCUUAUCGGAAUCAGAGAUUGUAUCGCAAUGUUGCAGUGUUUUACACAAUGUAGAAGAUGAACUCAAUUCUAUUUUAAAACACACUAACUUAUCCGCUGGUGUAGACCAUCACAAGAAGAUUGUAGAGAAACGAUCAGGAAUAUUAACGGCCGAAGGUCAGCUCCUUGAUAAUGAUUUACUGCAUAUACCUGGUAUUAAUGGUGAGAAGUUGAAUGCCAGUCUUGUUCAAAUGUAUCAUGAUGUACAGACUACUAGAUGUAACUUUUUCGAUGUUCAAAAGCGAUUAGAUCAACCAAGAUUAUUCUUGAUACCAGAAGUUGACGAUGAAGGUUCCUCAUACACUCUUAGAUUGGAAUCCCUUAUGGUAGAGAAAAGGGGAGAAGUCAGAAUAGAAACUUUACUUCUAGAUCAAUUUAUGUAUAGAGAACAAAUUUAUUUGUAGGUUUACUGGUAGCGUUGAUCGAUUAGGAACUUCCGGUAAAACAUUAAAAUUGCUAGCGAAACGGGUAAUUAUGCAAUCGAAUUUUAACAUAUCCUUAGUUUUUCCGCAAAGUUUCUAUUCAAUGUUGAUUGGGCGAAAUAAUUUUAGCCCUUUUCCGGCUUCUGGGGACAUUCUCAGUGAAUUUUGGGCGACUCUCAGCAGUUUAUGGAAAAUUUUAAUGGUAAACGAAGUUUAUUUGAUUUGUGUAAGUAGAAGCCUUUUACAAUCCUAAUUUUGUCUACAUGUACUUCAAUCUGUUUCGGAUAAUGCUAGAAGUUUUUAAAAGAAAUAGAAUUAAUAGUAUGUCAUCCAUUAUCGAUGUAUUGGUUUAGUUUAAAAUAUCCAGUAUUAACGAAAUCAACCUAGGUUUUAUGUUGUUUAAAUUUGGCCAAAUAAGCUAUUUUAACUAUCUUACAAUUUGAGCGUGUGCAAAUUGGACUUUAGAAAUUUUUUAAUUUCUCUAUUUGCACACAUUCUUAGGACAUUCACCAUUAGGGUGUCCAACAUACUUAGCAUCAGCCCGUAUCUUACAAGAAGCUGUUUUCUCUACACCUCGACAACAUAUGAUGCCUAAUUUUACAGAGAAGAAAUGGAUAACAUAUGUUCAUAAAAUGUGGGAUGCUGUAAUACAUUCCCCUUUGCUCCUCGAUUAUCAUUCUGUUCGGAUGAAUCAGAUUUAAAUGUUGUUACUUUUAAAAGACUGUCUAAUACUAUAUUUUAUUACAGUAAUUUAUCUUUACAUGAAAUAUAAUUACACUUUUUCUUGCUGU